AUGACCGAGCGGAAGUUCACCCGAGGGCUUAACAAGCCCGGCAUGGCGGCCCAGCUGAGGGAAAACAUCUCGCAAGUUGUACGUGAAUCUACUUCACUUACGAAACCAGUUAUAGUCGAGCCGAUCGACUUCGAAGCGUUCGUCCUCAAGAACAGGACGCUGAUACAGAACGAUCCCCAGCGGGAACUGCUGCUCUACCCCAACGAUGACGUAUCGGAAAACCUGCAACCAAAGAAGUUCCGCACGGUACACAGUAACAUUCCUGGCAACGCAAGUUCCACAGCGCCGGUCGCAACGAGUAAUGGAUCGCGAAAGGCAAGUAGUGACAGUAGUGGGUCUUCGGCCGGUAGUAGAAAUGGCACCCCGACGAGCAAUCGAUCACUUCCGACGACUACGACGACGGCGGUAUCUGGUUCGAACGUGGCGGGAGGACUUUUGUUAACUCGACAAGCGCUUCACACGUACGAGUCGCCGAAUCACCUCAUCCACUACAAGUACAGCAAGUACGGCGGAACAUGCUACGAGUUGCCACGAAUAUCGCCGUCGGAGGAGCUGAAGGAAGAGGUGUACGAGGUGGACACCGACCCGGACCGGCUGGACGAGCAGAUGACCCGCUCCCAGGCGGAUACGAUCGCGAAGCAGGGCUACCUGUACAAGGGUCCAGACACCAGCUCGGACCGCAUGUUUGCGCACAUCGGCUCGAAGUCGUUCAAGAAGCGCUACUGCGCCCUCCGGAAGGAGAUCGACGGUGCGUACUUUCUCGAGCUGUACAAGGACGAGAAGCAGUCGGAGGCGAAGGCAACGAUCGCCAUGGAGGUGUGCACGGAGGUGGUACCGAAUCCGAAGAAGGGCCGGUUUUGCUUCGAGCUGAAGCUGAAGAUGAACGACGGCCCACCGAAGUCGGUUACACUGGCGGCGGACGACGAGGCGGAGAUGGAGGACUGGUUGCGGCGGAUCGCGUCCGUGCUCGAACAGAACCGGCUGCAGGAGGACAAGCGGUUGGCUUCGCUGGAGCGCACGAUUGCACCGCCACUGCCGGCCAGCCCCAGCACGAUGCAGUACGGCACGCUGAAGGGUCUGGAGCAGAGUAUGAAUCCGCAGUUGAACCGGUAUGCCCGUGAAACGGACCAAUCGAUUGCACAGGCGCGACGUGAUAACCGGAAGCGGCUGUUCGGCGGGCAGCAGAUGCUCUUCUUACAGUCGGCCGGCGGAUGUGGCACAACGUCGGGAGCGGCGGUAGCAAUAGCGGCACAGAUGAACAAAUCUACCGAAGCGGCGAUCGAACCUUACCGGGUACAGUUUGGCCAGCGGAUACUGAUCAAGUGCGAUUCCUUGCGCUUCCGGUUGCUGGGCCCGAUCGAUGGCGUAAAUGGGGCUCCACCGCCGGAUUCUGAGGCACCACUCUGUCAGAUCGAGCCAUAUCUUACCAGCGUAGCACUGUACGACGCACGGGCUGGCCGGAAAUUGACGGAAAACUUCUACUUCGAUCUGAACAAGGACCACGUACGCGAGCUCUUGUCCAGCACUUGCAAAUCGGAACGGCCCCUCUGCACUUCCCCAAAGGCAUCGAACAAGUCCCACCAAAAUGGCAAUGGUACGCUAAAACCCGUCCGCGCAAAAUGCGACACCAGUGACGAUCUGCUACAUUCCGAUGCGGUCACCAAAGAAUGGCUGGCUCGAACCAAACAGGCUAUCUUUAACGUUACCGUACCACAUGCGGACAUUUUCAUCGUCGUCCGCAUCGACAAGAUCCUCCAGGGUGCCAUCAAUCCAUCAGUUGAACCCUACCUUAAAGCGACCAAGGAUCCGAAGGUGCUGAGCAAGUUGCAGAAAGCGAUCAAACAGUACGCACUGAAGUGUGGCCACUAUCGGAUGCCGUUCGCUUGGGCCGCGCGCCCUCUGUUCCAGCUGUACAGCAACGAUCUCGAUACGUCGUACGAGUUUCCAGCUAUUUACCGGCAGGAGGGAGCGAAACUGAAGGACGAAGAGUUGUUGAAGCUGCUGGCGGAGUAUCGCAAACCGGACAAAUUUAGCAAACUGACUGUGAUACCUGGCUCGCUGAAGAUUUACAUAGAACCCUUGAACGAACUGCCCAAAAACUGCCUCACGAAUAGUUUGGUACCGCUAAACCCAUUUCCGAUACCACCUGCGACUGAACCGACGCUGGAAGUGACAGAAUUUGCCAACAACACCGAACAAUACCUCCACCCGUAUGUCCAGUUUGUCAACCACCUGUUUGUGUAUCCGCUUCACUUGAAUUACGAUAGCCAAAAAAUCUUCUCCCGAGCACGCAACAUUGCCGUUACUGUGGAACUACGUGAUAGCGAUACAGCCGAGGCAAAAUCCAUUGAGUGUAUCUACGGUCGUCCUGGUCAGGAGAUGUUAGUCUCGCAAAUGUCCUGCCCGGUGCUGCAUCACAACACCAACCCCACGUGGUACGAAGAGAUAAAACUCCGUCUACCGCUCAACAUUACGCCCCAGCACCAUCUCCUGUUUUCAUUCUUCCACGUUUCGUGUAACAUUGCGAAGAAAAAGGACCUUACCACCACAAGCACCGAGACGCCGGUCGGGUACGCUUGGCUGCCACUGCUUACGAAGGGCAAAAUCAAUGUAGAAGAACAAUGCCUUCCGGUGGCCGCAUCUCUGCCAGUUGGAUACCUCUCGAUACAGCCGCUCGGUCUGGGAAAGGGGCAGAAUGCCGGCCCGGAUGUGCAGUGGAUCGACAAUCAGAGGCCAAUCUUUACCAUCAGCUUACGACUCGACUCAACCGUGCUCACCACGGAUCAGCAUCUGCACAAUCUCUUCCUGCACGCCGAGCGGUUAAUGGAGCACUCGAAAACUGUCGCCCCACCGGAUACGACGGAAACGUGCAAAAUCCUGAAGGCCGCCCAUGCCAUCCAGAUCGGAUCGCUGAUCACGUUCCUGCCGACGAUCCUGAACCAACUGUUUUCGCUACUCGUGGCCACGACGAACGAGGAGGUUGGUCUGAACAUUAUCCGGUUGUUGGUCAAUCUGUUCCACAUGGUGGCAGAAGAAGCGAAACGGAAGGAACUGCUGACGGCGUACGUGAAGUAUGUGUACCGGAUCGACAGUCAACCGGUUAACGGUUGCUCGCCGACUUCGCAGCACGUAAGCACGGUCCAUGGGGAGCUGUGUCGCCAUCUUCCCACGUUGCUGCACCCGAACAACACCGACUUUCUGCUGGUGAACAAAUUCAUGAAGUUUUCCGGCAUCUUUUUCGAGGUGAUCGUGAAGAGUAUGGCACAGUAUCUGCUCUCGACGGGACGCAUCAAGAUGCAGCGUAACGAGCGCUUUCCAAAGGAGUUUUCUACCCGUAUCGAAGCCCUGUUUCAGGUGCUUGUGCCCUACAUCAGCUCGCGCCAUAAAGAUCUACCACUCGAGACGGAUCAGCUCAACCAGAGCCUUUCGGUGUUUGUGAAGCGGUGUCUCUCCUUCAUGGACCGAGGGUUCGUAUUCCGGCUGAUCCGGGUGUAUAUGGAUCGCUGGGGCCCGGGAGAUUCGCGUGUCCUUCAGGAGUACAAGUUUUCCUUCCUGCGGGAGGUUUGCUCGCACGAGCACUACGUCCCGCUGAACCUUCCCUUCAUGCUGACACCGAAUAAUCGCGCACCGGACCUUCUGCAACAGUUUUGCCUCUCGGAGGAGUACUGCCGGCAGCACUUCCUCGUUGGAAUUCUGCUGCAGGAGGUGAAAAGUUCACUGAACGAGGUGAGCCACAUCCGGCGGAUGGGCUUGGUUACGCUAAAGGAGUUGCUGGCCAAACACGACCUGGACGAUCGGUACCAGAACAAAGGUCAGCUGGGUCGGCUUGCGAUGCUGUACGUGCCAUGGUUGGGGAUUGUGUUGGAGAACCUUAACCGCAUCUCCGAUGGAUCGCCGCGAAGAAACAAAGAUACGGUUGGAGGGAACAGGAUUUCGUGCAGCAGUAGCUAUGUGUUCGCACGCGAUUCACUUCCAACGCUUACGAGCGCGACCCCAUCAGCCGUUGUCUCGCAAACUAGCACACCAAAGUCUCGCUCGAACCGGGUGACAAUGUUCAUCGAGUACACGAGUCCCAUCCGGUCGUCCUUGCACCUGAAGGAUAACAGCUUUCUAGCCGCCAUCGCCGGGCAAACGUCGAGUAACCUCUCGAACGGCCAUUCGACUAGUUCACUCAACUCAGACUGUUCCACCCUCUCGCAGGACGGGACGGUAGUGAUACGGAACCACUUUAACGAGUCGCACUCGAACUCGGCCCGCCCGAGUCAUGCGCGCUCGGUCAGCGUAACCCAACCGACCAUCAUCCAGCGGACGGAUAAGUUUUCCGUGAGCGAAACCAAAGACCUGCUGAUAAGCUUCCUGUUUGUGGUGAAGCACCUCUCGCCGGAGCACAUGAUCGCCUGGUGGCACAACUGCACCGAGAGUGAAACGGUUCAGUUCUUUACCGUGCUGGAUCUGUGUCUGCUGUACUUCCGCUACGUCGGUAAAAAGCACGUGCAGGUACCGAGCGAUGGAACGAAAGAUGCACGUAGUAAUAAGGCGGCUAAAGCGAGCACGCUGCCGGCACGAGUACUCCCGGCAAGUGUUACCAAUGGGGAGUCUGGGUUUGAGUCGGGUACACUGAAUCACACCGCCAACCGGGAGAAUUUGGUCGAAGAAACGCUCCGAUUGAAGCAAGCCCUAUACGAAUCGAACCUUGCGACUGAGAUCGGACUCGUAGUACUCGACUGUAUGGGCCUCUACUCGGUACAGUUUCGCGAUUCGAUGCUCGAAGGCACCGUGCUGCCAAAGAUUGCUCGGGUUUACCUUCGCUUCCUGCAACUUGGACAAUCGGAAUCCCUCUCCCGGCAUGUGUUUGCUGCGUUGCGUGCAUUCAUCAACAACUUCUCGCAGGCACUCUUCAAGGGUACGGCCGUACUGUGUGGGCAGCUUGUGUACGAGCUUCUCAAGUGUUGCGAUAGCCGGUUGGCAAGCUUGCGCCAGGAAGCGUGUGCCGUCCUCUACCUCCUGAUGCGCAGUAACUUUGAGUUCAGUGGACGCAAGGGAUUGACGCGAGUGCACCUGCAGGUGAUCAUAUCCGUGUCGCAGAUGAUCGGCAAUGUGAUCGGGCUGAACAAUGCCCGCUUCCAGGAGUCGCUUUCGACGAUCAACAACUACGCCAGCAGUGACAAGGCGAUGAAGGGUACCGGGUUUCCGAUGGAGGUGAAGGACCUAACGCGUCGUGUCCGAACCGUCCUGAUGGCGACCGCACAGAUGCAGGCGCACCACAUGGAUCCGGAACGGCUGCUCGAGCUGCAACACUCGUUGGCGAACUCGUACGCUUCCACACCGGAGCUUCGCCAAACGUGGCUAACGUCGAUGGCCAACAAUCACCUACAGAACGGAAACAUAUCGGAGGCGGCCUGCUGCUACUUGCACAUUGCGGCGCUCGUUUCGGAGUACCUCAAGCUGAAAGGUUGUUCGUCGGUGGCGCAAGGUGCGGAAUCGUUUGGGCGAAUUUCGCGCAAUAUCCCACGGGAUGAGAAGGGUUUAAAGCUGGACAGUGGCACACAGGACUCGCAGUACACGGAACAGUUCCUGCUGGAGAAGCUAAAGGAGUGUGCCGAGUAUUUGGAUCGGGCGGAGCGGCUCGAGUGUCUCGGUGAGCUUUACCGGUUGAUCGUUCCGAUACUGGAGUCCCGGCGGGACUACCAUGGGCUGACGCAGUGCUACGAACACCUGGCGCAGGCGUACAAUCGUGUGAUCGAAUUUACCAAAUCGGGCAAGAGGCUGUUGGGGCGGUUCUAUCGUGUGAUUUUCUUCGGUCAGGCAUAUUUCGAAGAGGAGAAUGGAGUAGAGUACAUUUACAAGGAACCCAAAGUGACAUCGUUGAGUGAAAUUUCCGAACGCUUGCACAAACAAUACCGAGACAAGUUUGGGCCCGAUAACGUUAAGAUCCUUAUGGAUUCUUCACCGGUUGACCAGUCGACGCUAGAUCCAAAGAUUGCCUACAUUCAGGUGACACACGUUACGCCAUACUAUUGUAAGGACGAGUUGGAAAUGCGGCAAACGGAAUUCGAACAGAACCACGACGUGGAUACGUUCAUGUACGAAACACCAUUCACCCCAUCCGGUUCUGCGCACGGUGCCGUCGAGGAUCAGUGGAAACGAAGAACCAUUUUGACAACAUUACACAGUUUCCCGUACGUGCUGAAACGUAUUCCGGUGCGCGAUCGACAAUCGCACGAGCUAAGCCCGAUCGAGGUAGCGAUCGAUGAGAUGCAGACAAAGAUCGCCGAACUGGAGGAGAUCGUGAUGGGACCGAUCGAUCUGAAGAAGCUGCAGCUGCGACUGCAGGGCAGUGUUGCCGUAACGGUAAACGCUGGCCCACUGGCGUACGCCUCGGCCUUCCUAGAUCCGGCCAAAACGAGCGUCAAGAAGUAUCCGUUCGAUAAGGUGGAAGAGCUGAAGGAAGUGUUCCGGGAUUUUAUAAAAAUAUGCUACACGGUCCUUCAAAUCAAUGCCAACCUCAUCUCGGCCGAUCAACGCGAGUACCAUAGUGCGCUGAAGGAAAAUUACGAAAACCUUUGCUCGGCACUGAGCGAUCUACUCGGAGAAAUCGUUUACCCGCAUGACGAUGGUAACAAUAAUGCUCACCGACACAGUCUGGCACUGUUUAGUGCUAUCAGUGGUGCCCCGACAAAUUCCAGUACGGCUUAAACUGUGCCGCUACCUACGAGCUCGUGAUAAACAAAAAAUGCACAAACAUAAAACGGAAGCUCCGUUUUAGAGGAUGGAUGGAGGAGGAUAUUCGGCUGGGUUUCAAAGAAAUAAUAUUGACUGAAGAUCGUCUAGGUUUGCGCAGGUUCGUGCAAUGAAACGCGCAGACGAACAAAAAUUGAAUUUUACUCACAAACAAACACACACACACACACUUUUUCACACGUGCUCAAACAAAUGUUAAACCACAAAAAUAUGAAAAAAUCUACAGUAUGCUUCACGAUAUUCUACAAAGUAGAUAGUGACCAUUAGAAAUUCGUACACUAAGCCGUUGGGAAUGGCAGUUGUUUUGAAAAUGAACGGUGAAACAAAAAUAUAUCAAUACGUUGUUACUGAUAUUUUGAUCAAAAGUGAAACAAAUGUCAAAAAUACUUAUAACAAGCGAUAUUAUUUCGGUUAACUAACCGCCUAGCGGUUUGUUUCAUCGAUAUACUUUCCGUUUCCUGUUUGACUAUACAUAACUAUAACUAUUUGAAAUAUUUUAUAAACUACGUACAACAGUAACAUUUGUAUCGUUCAAACUCUUUGGAAGCGCACACGUAACACCGUUUAUAUCCUUUUGGGAACGACUACACUAGCAAAAGAUAGGAAAAAAAAACAAUUUACUACUAAUUAAAGGCAUUCAAAUCAUUAAGCGAAAAUUUUCAACCAAUCGUACUACGCUCCACGCAAGGCCUUCGCGCAUUGGAAAAAGGAAGGGUAAAAAGUUGCUCUCUGACCUGACCGGAGCGUGAACCUUUGCUUGAACGCCAUUCGGUUGGUUGGACUUUUCAAAUUGGAACUUACCUCGCAUAACUUAGUUUCAGUUUUUGUGGUCCUAUUUGUGUAUUUGUGAAAAAAGGAACAGCAAGAAAAGCCUUUGUCCUUAGAAGAAGUCAAUUCGGAUUUGGACAAGGUAAAAUAUGUGUGUACAUAAUGUAAGUUAAGGAAGGACAGGAGCUUCGGAUAGCUCUUUGUGUCGUAACGUUACGUACACGAAAUGUGUAUGUGCAAAAGUUGAUGUGAUCGCGAGAUCGAGAAAGGAAAUAUUUAUUUACUUUGCAUUGUAUCAAAAACUCCGAUUAAUUAUACGCUUCAAUUGUUAGGUUUUGUGCACCCGUACGAUGUAUAUUAUGAUAAUUUAAUGUAAGUUCUAUAGGCGUUGUUAUUCUUAGUAAGAAUGCGAUCAUAUGUCUCCCCGGGAUAAUUGUAGAUUUUACGCAGAAUGUCCUUAAAAGAAGCUCAUGUUGACGACAACAAAAGUAGAUUUGAAUCUCAACCCACACUCUCUAGCUGACCAUAACGUUUCUCGAUUAUAACAACUCUUACCCUAUCUGAAGUAAAGACUGUCUCCAGCGGAAUGAAACAAAUGACUCAAUCUGAUCGAAUCUUACAGGGCACCUUUUUAUGACACUUUGCACCGGAAUAAUACUUCCACAUUUUUCCACCAUCGAUAAGUAUAUAUCACUAUAUCCAACACCAAGCAGUUGACAUAUGAUAAGCAAUUUCCGUUUCGCUUGUAGUGUAGUGUACUGUAUCUGUAAGUUAACUUUUAAUCUACGUGCCAGCUUUUUACGUGUGACACGAAGCAGUAAGGAACAACACCAGAAAGCAGUGCCAUCCGGUGAAACCGGCGUGGCGUGGAACUGGCGUCACCGAUUGGUACUGGAUGGCACAUUUACAUAUGUUUAGGUUUGUGAGUCUCCUCUCUCGCUCCCAUGUACAUUUUGGAUAGUAAUUUAUCGUCUUUAAUUUGUGUAUCAAACCACACCCGUUGAAUAGUUUAAACUCCUAUCGUACAAAAAUUCUUAUCAGCAAACAAAUAUAGAGUUUUAAAUUUUUACAACGGGUUAGCCUAUUGCCUAUUGAUUUUGAAAUGAGGAACGGUUCCCUACAGUGUAUGUGUCGUUUCCUUUCCGUGAUCUUUUAUUAUUAAUAUAUAAUCGUGAACAAAUGUCUGAAUUUUUUGUGAUCGAUUGAAGGAUCAUGCAGGACUAUGCGCUAGUCAUAAUGCUCAGAACAGUGGUUAUGCUUCGCUUCGCUUCGGAAUAGAGUAUAGAAAAUGUGUGUAUCUACUACUUUUAUCAAACAUUGUUGUUGGCAGCGACCAAGUAAACUUAAUAAGUUCAUGACUGUACCUAUAUGUUUGCGCGGACCGAGAGUUAGAAGAAAAUGGUAAGGAAAAUAGAGCUGACGCUUUCCGAUGCUUAGCAACCGUUGUUAUGUGUUUCCUGUUGGUUUGGAUAGCAGGAUUCAUUUUGUGGUGUUUAUUAAUGAAUUAGGCUGAAUGUCAGUCGGAAUUAUUAUUCACUGUACAUGUGUUUCUGGAUUGUAAAGUUUAAUAUAUUCGUCUAUCUAUUUGUGUAUGAUCGAUUAUCAACCAACUGUACUCGUAUCCUUUACUUCGCCUUCUUGUAGAAGUUGGCUUUCCCAGUUCUCAUAUUGUGGCAUUUGAAUUAGAAGGCGUUUAAAUUAGAAGGCAGCCUUACAAGCGGCGUGAAAAGAAUCAAAUUUGAAGAAAAAUUCCAAUGACAUUAUUGAACCGACAAGAGAGUGGGUUUUAGGCGCCCACAUAGAAUCUGACAAAACGGAUUUACUCAUCUAGCGUAUAAGUAGGCCAUAUUCAAUGCUUGUAUACUAUACACAAUCACGAGCAGGAAGAUAUACAAGCAGCCGUACACAAUUACCAGUAAAAAAGGGUUUAAAACUAGGAAAUUUAUCGAACUUUAAAAUACCACCUCUGUUCUGUGUGCUCCGUGUGGAUGUAAUGCAUUGAAAACGGUAAGGACGAGUGGGUUAACGCUACUGCACCGUGGUUAAUUC